AUGUUUUGCAUUAAACGCCAGCUUCAAGAUACUUUGCAUCGAACUGGUGUGAAGCAAAGCAUCUUAGACACUCGAGUGGCCUACUUUCAAAUGGAAAAUGAUGUGGCCACCGUUACCACGCACACGCUUAUUGAAGCAAAACUCUUGUGGUUGCAUGACAACGUCGAUCUCGAAUCUUUAACAACUGAUCUUAGACAUGCUGUGAACAGUCAAGCUGAAUGCCCCGGCGUCUGUCUAAAACAUUCUACUGUUCGGAUGACCAAAUUGUUCGGAAGUAUAAAAGAUCUGUCCACGUUGCCAACAGAAAUUUUAGCGCACCCCUCCAAUGCGCUCCGAUUAAUGCCGGUUGCUCUAAUGUCCGAGAAUCUCUUCACUUACCAGCUAUAG